CUAUACGAAUAUUAUAAAUACGAAAGUAGAGAUGGAUGUUUGUUAAAGUUUGUAGCCUAAAUGGCUGAACGGAUUUCGAUGAGAUCUGUUAUGGAUGUAGAGGCUAGUGUGGAAGAAAACAUAGACAACUCAAGUUCUUUUUUUUUUUAUUUCGAGCGGACGAAGUCGUAGGCGAAAGCUAGUUGUUUUGUAAAGCAACUUGUUUAUCGAAUCAUUAGAAAUGUGAAGUGAAGGGUCUCAUGUGGUGUAACUUCGACGGAUGCUGGUUUUAAGACGCCCUCAUUCCGCGGUCUGUCGUAACGUUUGAGACGUUUAAAAAACCGCCGGUGUCACAAUAACUGUAGAUAUAACAAUGGAGUUGCAAUAUGAUGGAGAAGGUACUCCAUUUGUCAUGUGGGGAGAGAAUCAUAUACAGUUAGAGAGAAUGCCGAUCACAGAAAAGGAGUAUUUAGAAAAAGCUGAGAAAGAAUUGAGAGAGACGCCGGAAAUUGUUGAAAAGGCUGUCGCAGAAUUGAGAGAAAUGCUAAGAAAGGAUACCUCGCUCUUCGUACCGCUACAAGACGAUAACUAUUUGAUGAAAUUCCUCAGACCUUCCAAGUUUCACCCAGAAAGCGCCUUCAAAAGAAUCCAAGCGUACUACAAAUUCAGGCAAUCGCAUGAGAGUUAUUGUUCAAACCUGGUGCCCACUGCAGUGAAGCCUGCUUUCGACCACUCUAUUAUAUCAAUCCUGGCGCCUAGAGACCAACAUGGAAGGCGCAUCAUGCUUGUGGAGUCUGGAGAGCGCUGGCAACCUCGAUUAGUUCCAUUAUCCGACGUGUUUCGCGGCGUGCAGUUGGCGCUGGAGUCGGCGAUGUCUGAACCCCGGACUCAGGUCAAUGGCGUUAUCGUGUUAAUGGACAUGAAGGGCCUCUCCUUCUCACAGGUCAUGCAGUUCACGCCCUCUUUUGCCAAAAUGGUGGUAGACUGGAUUCAGGACUGUAUACCGAUUCGUCUUAAGGCAGUUCACAUCGUAAGCCAGCCGUACAUCUUCAACAUGCUGUUUGCGAUCUUCAAGCCAUUCUUGCGCGAGAAGUUGCGCUCGCGUAUUUUCUUCCACGGCUCUGAUAAGCAGUCGUUACUGACACACGUCGACCCUAAAGCCUUGAGGAAACGUCACGGAGGACUACUUCCCGAGCCGGAGAUAACUGGCGAUGUUCUAUGGAAAAUGUUACAUCACUAUGAAGAGAAUUUCAAAGUUGCAAAUUCCUACGGUCACGUGUCAAAUAACAACAAGAGAUAAGUCCAAUGGAUAUUUUCAAAAACCUCUUUACCACAAGAAAUUACAAUAUUUAAUAUUAGGAAUAGAUUGAUAAUUAUAACAAUAAAUAUUAAAACGACGGUAGCUCUCUUAAAAGUAAUUUCCAGAAUAUCUUACAGAAUGGGGAUGUUUCCUAAUGUUACAAAUCCAAAUAAAGUUAUGUUUAAUAUUUUAAAGACAGCAUUUUAUAACCUA